UCACGCGGUAAUUAAACCAGUUUUCUGGAAUUCCGUUUCCAAUUCCUGCGCUCAGGUUCGCUGGAGGAGUUCUUCGAGCACCUGCAGGUUGGUGUGUGAGUGAAAUAUUUUCACUGGACGGAGUUCAAACUCUGGAGAGAGAGAGAGAGGGAGGGCUGCGGCAUUACGCCAUCCUUCCCUCUGAGAGAAAAAAAGGGGGAUUUAAAGAAGUUUCUUACAAGACUUCCAACAGUUCCGCGGAGUGUUUAUGCGCCUCUCAGCCCGGGCUUUGCGUUCUGCUGUGCCGGGUACAUCUCUCCAGCACUAUGCUCCUCACACAUGACGCGUGGGACAAUAAAGCUGUGCGGGAUUUGUUUCUUCUGCUUGUAGACGUCCGUUACAGUCUCUGCUUUCACCGCCUGGCACGUGUCUCUGGCGAGUUUCAGGCGGGGGCACCAGCUUUUGUGCAUUUCUCGUGAGGAUGACCCACUCGGAUUUACUGCUCUUUGCCGCUUCAGCUUCCUUGUGAUCUCACUGCACUUCGCUACGAUGACAGCCUGGCGGGAGGCGAACGCGCUUUAGGAUGAAAGCUGUGACGCGUCUGUCUCUGCUGCUCAGCUGCUGGACCCUGGUUCACCUGCAUCCCGGCCCCACGGCGCGUGUCCGCGCAGGUCCGCCGGUAAUCAGAGGAGAGGCGACCAGGGCGACCAGCUCAGGGCGCACGGAUCCCGUGCGCUCGCGGCUCCUCGGCGGGGAUGCGCACGAUAAGUCGCACGCUCCCGCUGCCAUUAACGCGCAUUCACGAGCGGGUGGAGGAGGUGGAGGUUCAUCGGGGAGAAGUUUGGGAAAAGUUGCGGCCGCGGCUGCGCGCACCGCGUCCCCGCAGAGAGCCCAUAGCGCGCCGGCUCCGGCGGCGCAGCGGGGGGCCGCGAGCCACAAACAGCCGCUCGUGACGCCGCACGACUACAUGCUCGCGCUGUACUGGUCUCUCUCCAGCGGUGACGUCAACGGCAGCGCGCUGCACGAGGCCGGCCUGGCCAACACCAUCACGAGCUUCGUGGAUAAAGGGCAAGAUGAACGUGGGCCCCAGCUGCGACGGCAGAGGUAUCUUUUCAACAUCAGCUCUCUGGAACGGGAUGGGCUCCUGGGGGCCGAGCUACACAUCCUGAGGAAGCGCCUGCCUGACCCUCGCAGAGUCUUGAUAGGCUACAGAGGAGGAGAAGGAGGAGGAGUCCCGUCACCGCUCCUAAGGCUGCACACCUGCACUUCAGGCAAACAAAAGGCCGUUCUUGUCCAGAUGAAGGCCGUAGAGGAUCUGUUCAGCAGCACAUGGGAAGUGUUUGACGUUUGGAAGGUGUUCAGGGGCUUCAAAACCCAGAAAGGCCAGCAUUCCCAGGAGCUGUGCUUUGAACUGGAAGUGCUGGAGCACGGAGGCGGUCGCCCCAUGGACCUUCGCACUCUGGGAUUCGCUCGACACGGCAGGACCAACAAGGAAAAAGCCUUCUUCUUGGCAUUUGGGAAAAGCAAGAAGCGUGACCUUUUUUACAAAGAGAUCAAAGCGCGGUCCGGCCACGACAACAAAACAGUCUACGAGUACCUGUUCACCCAGCGACGGAUGAGACGGGCACCUGCUGCGAGGGGAGCCAAAAAACCCGUGCAGCAGUCCCUGCCACAGUCCAUAUCCCAGCACCAGACAGUGAAGGCCAGGCUGCGCUGCCACCGGAGACGGCUCCACGUCAACUUCAAGGAGAUGGGCUGGGACGACUGGAUCAUCGCGCCGCUGGAGUACGACGCCUAUCACUGCGACGGCGCCUGCGAUUUUCCCAUCCGCUCACACCUGGAGCCGACCAACCACGCUAUCAUACAAACCCUGAUUAACUCCAUGGACCCGGAGUCAACGCCGCCCACUUGCUGCGUCCCGACACGGCUCAGCCCGAUCAGCAUCCUCUACAUCGACUCGGCCAAUAACGUCGUCUACAAGCAAUACGAGGACAUGGUGGUGGAGUCGUGCGGGUGCAGGUAGCAGACACAGCAAAGACUUUUCAAUAUUAUAUUCAGAGCUAAAACUGGAGUUGGUAUUUCAGGCUCACUGCUAUGCAACGCACAUUACUCCUCACACUCAAGUGGGCUUACAAGAAUGCAUACCAGAGACUAUUUAAGACUAAACAGAUGAAGAUAAACUCACGGAGGUGAUGCUCUGAAACGCCCACUCACUGUGUAAUGCUGAUGUUGGUAGUGAUGAGCAAUAUGCAUCCAGUACAAUCCAAAUAAUGGAAACACGACCCAAUGAAGAGAGACUCGUUUGGACUGUUUCGUACGGACUUUUUCCUUCUUCUUAGAUUUGUAUCAAGUUGCUGAUUGUUGUAAAGAGUUUAAAAUGCUUUGGAAAAAUGAAGUGUUAUACUUAAAAAUGCUCUUUUCCAGCACUUAUCUGAUGAAGUCAUUUGUAUGCCUUAUCCAAGACCUUUUUGUAAAGCAUGUCAAGAAUUUCUGAUGUAUAAAUACGAGCCAGGGAUGAAGUGCUCAUCUGACCUGCUCCAAAUUUGGGAAAGCUGCAUAAACUCGUGUUCAAUAAAAAAAUGUCUAAUUGA